AACAGCUGCUGUAACAGCCGAGGACACCAUGAACACACUCAGGCUGACCUUCUUCAUCCCCUUGUUGUCCAGCUCGUUGGUCUGGAGUGGAUACCUGGAAAAUAACCAAGAUGUCUUGAAACCAGAGGGCUGGACUCAUGUUGGCCAGGUCGACCCAACAGAGGAGCUGGAGCUGACCUUUGCCCUCAAGCAGCAGAAUGUUCACCUGCUGGAGGAAAGACUCAGGCUUGUGUCAGACCCUGACUCAGCUCAAUAUGGUAAAUACCUCCACCUAGAAGAAGUAGCCUCCCUCGUGCAUCCAUCUGAACUGACCCAGAAGGUGGUACAUCACUGGCUGCAGAGUCAUGGGAUAAAAAACUGUCAGACUGUCCACACUCAGGACUUUUUACAGUGCACCAUGACUGCAGAGGUCGCAGAGACGCUGCUUCCAGGUAGCAAAUUCCACCGUUAUACCAGAGACGGCCAGUCUGUAGUGAGGUCUUCAGCUCCGUACUCUGUUCAUGAUGAUAUUCACCAGCACCUUGACUUUGUUGGAGGACUUCACCGCUUUCCUCCUAAAGGGCUGGACCCCAACAAAGCCUCAUCUGACAGGAAGCAAAAGCAGUCAAAGGUUGGGAUACACCUGGGAGUGACUCCUGCCAUCUUGAGGGCUCGCUAUAACCUGUCAGCAAGUGAUGUUGGAACGGCUCAGAACAACAGCCAGGCUGUCGCUCAGUUCUUGGAGCAGUACUACAGCCCAGCAGACUUGGCUGAGUUCAUGACGAUGUUUGGUCGGAGCUUCAAGCAUCUGUCUCAGGUGGACCGGGUUGUAGGCACCCAGGGAAAAGGAAAGACUGGUAUUGAGGCCAGUCUGGAUGUGGAGUACAUCAUGAGCACAGGGGCAAACAUCUCCACGUGGGUCUUCACUAAUCCAGGUCGUCAUGAAUCCCAGGAGCCGUUCCUCCAGUGGAUGGUUCUGCUCAGCAACAUGUCUGACCUGCCCUGGGUUCACACCAUCAGCUACGGGGACGACGAGGACAGCCUGUCUACUGCCUACAUGAUGCGCAUCAACACAGAGUUUAUGAAGGCCGGCGUCAGGGGCAUCUCUUUGCUCUUUGCUUCCGGUGACAGUGGUGCUGGAUGCAAACAUUUGGGUAAAGGACAAAACUGUUUCAGGCCCAGUUUUCCUGCCUCAAGCCCCUAUGUGACUACAGUAGGAGGAACUUCAUUCAAGAAUCCCUUCAAACUGACAUAUGAAGUUACAGAUUAUAUCAGUGGAGGUGGCUUCAGUAACGUCUUCAAGAUGCCAGAAUACCAGGCCAGUGCAGUGGAUGGCUAUCUGAAGACUGUAGCUGCAGCCCUCCCACCUCGGGCUUACUUCAAUAUCACUGGCAGGGCUUAUCCAGACAUGGCUGCUCUGUCUGACAAUUACUGGGUGGUCAUGAACAGAGUACCCGUCCCGUGGGUGUCUGGGACUUCGGCAUCGACCCCGGUGGUUGGCGGCAUGCUGUCUCUCAUCAAUGAUCAGCGGCUGCGGAAGGGCCUGCCUGUCCUGGGCUUCCUCAACCCACGCCUCUACAAGCUCAAGGGACAGGCCUUAUUUGAUGUGACUGAAGGUUGUCAUCUGGGCUGCCUAGACGAGCAAGUUCAGGGGCAUGGUUUCUGUGCUGCACCAUCAUGGGACCCGGUGACUGGCUGGGGAACACCAAACUACCCUGAACUGCUGGCUGUACUGCUGGCUGAGUGAACAUCCCCAGGUCCAGAAAGUUAAACCACCAGGGCAGCUUCUGCUCUGAGAGCAGGUACUAUACACACAUCCAAAAUCCUGACGAGGCACCUGAUGCCAAAGGCACGAUGGUGUCAUGGAGGAAAAACGAUGCCUACGGUCUAGAUUUAUGCCUUUUUAAUUUUAUUCCGAUUUUCAUGUGAGGUUGAAAUAUUGCAGUAUUACAGUCUACAGGGAUCUUUUUUCUCUCAUCAACUAUUCUGUCCAUUUAUGGAUAAAUUCUCUAUCAUACAAUUAUUUUUACUCCAAAAGGCUUAAAAGCUGUUAUAUAGCAGAUAUUUUUAGGUCGGGGUUAGUGGUGAGAUUUUUAAUGCUUCACUGCAGUUGCCUGUUUCUGCUGUUCACUGAAUUUGAUCUGACCCAGAUUGUUCUGUGAAUCUCUUACACAGGAACUUGCAGGCAGAUGGGUGUUACAGUAAUCUUGUGCUUUCAAAUCAUGCUGCUACCUACACAGCAAUGGGAAGUGUGGAUAAAAUGGUUGCUAUGCAUAAAACUUAAAAUGCUGAAAUACUCACACCAAUCACCUUAGUUGUACACACAGGCCUAUCUAAAUCUAUUUUGUAACAGCUGAACGAAAAUAUAAAACAACAUUUUAGUUGUUCUCAUUUUUCACGAGUUGUAAUUAAAAAAAAGAUCUAAGCCCUUUUCUAUACAUACAUAAGGCUUAUUUCUCAAAUGUGUUUAAAUCUUUAUGUAAGUGAGCACUUCUUUGCCAAGAUAGUCCAUCUACCUCAGAGGUGUGGCAUAUCAAGACACUGAAUAAACAGCAGCAGUACACGGGUGUGCCUUGGGCUGUUCACAAUAAAAGGCCAUGCUCAAAUGAGCAGUUUAUCACAAAACAAUGCCACAGAUGUUACAAGUUUUGAGAGAGCGUACUUGGAGCUGUUGCCCUUCUAUUGAUAGUCCUCUCACUACCAUAAGCCCUCUCCAAUGUCGUUUCCAAGAAUUUGGCAUUACAUCCAUUACUGCAAACUGUCAGAAACAGUCUCAUGUAGGCUCAUCUCCAUGCUUAUUGUCUUCUUCACCUGACUGUAGUUCCUACUUGACUGACUUGAGUGGGCAAAUGCUCACUUUCAAUGUCAUCUGGCAGUUUGGGAAAGCGUUAUCUACACAGAUGAAUCCCAGUUUUCACUUUAGUGGGCAGAUGGCAGACAGUGUAUAAUGUCAUGUUGGUGAGCUGUUUGCUAAUGUCAACGUUGUAAACAGGGUGCACCACGGUGGCAGUGAGGUUAUGGUUUAGGGAGGCAUACUCUACGAAUAAUGAACACAAUGCAGAGAUAACAUGACAAGAUCCUGAGGCCAUGUCAUUCAUCCACCGCCAUCCCCUCGUGUUGCACCGUGAUGUGCACAGACCCAUAUUGCAAGGAUUCGUACACAAUUCCUAGAAGCUCAGACCAUUCAAGUUCUUGCAUGGCCUGCAUACUCAACAGACAUGUCACCUAUUGAGCAUGUUUGGGAUGCCCUGGAUCAGUGUGUACAACUGUGUGUUCCAGUAUCUAGAAACUUUGCACAGCCAUUGAAGAGGAGCGACCACCCCUCCAUAACCCACCAUCAACAACCUUGUCAACUCUAUGUGAUGGAUAUGUGCCGCACUGCAUGAAGCACUCGGUCACACCAGAUACUAGCUGCUUUAACCCCAGAAAAAAAAAAAAACACAUCUGUGAAUUUAUGCGAAAUCCAUAGUUCAGUGCCCAAUUAAUAUCCUUUUUUCCAAGAUAAAACUGCACAUUUCAGUGGCUUUUUAUUGUAAUUGGGCUAAGGCACACCUGUGCAAUAAUCAUGCUGUUUAAUCAGCGUCUUGAUCAGCCACACCUGUCAGGCGUUUAGAUUAUCUUGGCAAAGGUGAAGUAAUCACUAACAUGGAUUUAAACAAAUGUGAACAUAAUUUGAGGGAAAUAAGCCUUUUGUGUGCAUAGAAAGUCUUAAAUCUUUUAUUUCAACUCAUGAAAAUGAGAGCAAAAACAUGAGUGCUGUUUAUAUUUUUGUUCAGUAUAUUAAGACAUUAUAUUACAUGUCAAAAAUCUACUCCGGAUGCAACAAUCUUCUCAGAUUUUUAGCAUUUAGCAAAUUGUUGGACUUGUUUAGUUUAUAGUAAUAUUUUAAUGCUAUUCUGCAGGGACAUGCUAGUUAAGUCAUUUAAAGUCAAACAUUUUUGCAUGCAACUCUACAAAUGUCACUUGUGACACAUACUGUCUGUGGUUUAAGUUGGACAGGACCUGUAAAACUUGAUUAUUUUUUGGUUUGAGCUGCAGCCGCAAACCAACCACAUGCACUGUAGAUUAAAAAAAAAGAAAAGUGGGUUAAAAGUGAUUCAGCAACUCUACCCACCAGUCUGUCAUCUUUGCACUUGUUUUUAUCUUUGACCAUGUAAAUCCUCAAAUCAGAUAAUGUGAGAAAGGCUACCUGUGCUGUGUAAUAAAGAUGGAUUUUUACUUUAAGA